ACGAGAGUCUCCUCGUAUAGAGCAACUAGUUGACGUGAGGGUUGCCUCGCUAAAACCUAACAAAAAAAUUGUGCGAUCAAGUCUUAUUUUCACAACUAUUGUCGGGCCUGGAGGUUCUGUUAGCAGACGAUGUCUGUGGUUCUGAAGAAAGUUCAACCGCUGGAUCGGGAUUCACCACCCGAGUACUUUGAGAACGGAUACCACCCCAAUGGCGGCCAUGUAACAGAAACUAGUGCAGGAUAUAAAGGCAACGGCUACACACCCAGCGAUGGGGCGGACUCGGAGGUACAGUCCUCCCAGGGGACAGAGGCCGAGGAUGAGAGGGGUCAGUGGGGGAACAAGGCCGAGUUUGUCCUGUCCUGCAUCGGGCUGUCUGUUGGUCUGGGCAACGUGUGGAGGUUCCCGUACCUGGCAUAUCAGAAUGGGGGAGCCGCCUUCCUGAUCGCCUACAUCAUCCUACAACUUCUGAUCGGCAAACCCAUGUACUUCAUGGAGCUGGUGAUGGGACAGUACUCGGGCAGGGGGCCCACCAAAGUCUGGGAGAUGAACCCUUGUGCUAAAGGUGUCGGUAUAUCCAUGUGUCUGAUUUCGCUUGUCGUCGCCAUCUACUACAACAUCAUCAUGGCCUACACGUUGUAUUUUUUCUUCGCAUCAAUGCAGGAGACGCUGCCCUGGUCAGUCUGUACUGAGCAAUGGAUCCAGGACUACAACUGUGUAUCAAAGCUUGGCCCGCCCCUACAAAACUGUACAAUGAACGCUACACUGAACGGACUACUUGGCAACUGCCUGUGUACCGGUACUACAGACCAGAGCGUGUUGCCUGGCAACAUGACGUGUACCACGCCCACUUCCGGUCCCUCCAAGUCUCCGGCGCAACUUUAUUUUUAUAAAGAAGUUAUCCAGAAAUCCGCGGGCGUGGAGCCAGAGAACAUGGGAGCGCCGCUCUGGAAACUGACCCUGUGUCUCAUCCUGUCGUGGGUCGUGGUCGUCUUCUGUUUGAUCAAAGGCAUCAAAAGUUCUGGAAAGGUGGUCUACUUCACCGCCACCUUCCCCUACGUCAUCCUCCUCAUCCUCCUGGUCCGUGGUGCUCUGCUGGAUGGUGCUAAAGAUGGUGUGGAUUUUUUCAUCAUCCCAGACUGGGAGAAGCUCAAGGACAUUCAGGUAUGGGUGGCCGCUGCUGGUCAGAUGUUCUUCUCCCUGAGUGUAUCGUUUGGUGGUAUUAUCAUGUUUGGUAGCUACAACAAGUUCAACAACAUGGUCUACUAUGACUCUCUGUUGAUAAGUUUCAUGGAUCUCAUCACCAGUGUCAUAGCCGGCUUUGUCGUCUUCACGACAUUUGGCGGCAUGGCAAAAAUUGUCGGCAAAAAGGUUUCAGAAGUCGCCGAUGGAGGCUACGGGAUGGCGUUUGUUGUCUACCCUGAAGCCUUGUCCAACCUACCCCCCUCACAGCUGUGGUCCAUUCUGUUCUUCUUCAUGCUCUUUACUCUGGGGCUUGACUCAGAGUUCGGUCUGAUGGAGACUGUGCUGACGUGCAUCCAAGACGAGUUCCCUAAGACCAGACGAUACAAAAGUGCCAUCUGUGUUGGACUGGCCAUCGCCUGCUUCUUCCUGGCUCUACCCUGCACUUGUCCGGGAGGCGACUACGUGGUGUCUAUGAUGGACCACUACGGUGCCGACUUCUCCGUUCUCUUCGUCUCUUGUAUUGAAGUCGUCUCCGUCAUGUGGGUCUACGGUGUGAUGAGGUUUUUAAACGAUAUAAAAUACAUGUUGGGUGCACGACCCCAUGGUUGGCCAUAUUGGGUGUUUUGUUGGGCUGUGUCCGCUCCUCUUCUUAUAGCAGCCAUGUUCAUGUAUCGUAUGGUCCGCUACAAGCCACCGACGUACGACAACGGCGACCCUAUCCCAAUGUUCGCCCAGUCUAUAGGCUGGACACUGUUGAGUGUCGUCCUGUGCCCCAUCCCCCUCUGGUUCCUGUGGAAGUCCUUCACCUCAUGGAGGGACCCAGCAGUCACAUCUUUCAGUAAGUGGAGGAAAAGCAUGUUCGAGCCAACAACAGAAUGGGCGCCCAACGACAAAAAAGCCAUCUACCGCCCUGACGACCCCACUAAAGACGUCAUCAAAAUGGAAGCAGGCGUUGAGAACCCCGUGCCAGUUACAGACGACUACGCUGAAUAUAAAACGACCUCCUUUCCCAGUUAAGCCAAUCUUGGAAUCCCUGAGACCUGCUUCACAAAAUUCCCCCACAGCUGUUCAUUCAACAAACCCGACCACUGAGGUGAUUUCGUCUAAAUGACGUCUCGUCUUACUAAAGAGUUAGUUGUACAGAAGCUGCUAACGCCAGUGGUUCAACUUAAUGUAAAUAUGACUCGAUUGUUCAGAGUUUAUACAUGAUCUGAAGUAUUGUUGCGUGCAAUUCUGCUGGUAUUUGUAUAUAUGUUGUAUAUGCACCGAAUUUAAAAGUAUUGAGAUAAAUUUUUGUCACCAAAAUUAUGUGUAUUAUAAUCUCACUCACCAAUAUGAAAACAGUGAUUAUUAGCCACAAUGAGAUCGAGCUUACAAUAUACAUAGCAACAUUUCUGAACAGGAUCAGGAUAAGCCCGCUUAAUU